GUUAUAUAUAUUGAACAUAAUAUUUAAUGAAUAUUAUAAUAAUUAAAUAAAAAAAAAAUUAAUAAAGAAAAAUUUUAAAAAUUUAUUUAAAAAAAUUAAAAAUUUUUUUUUUCUUUCCAAAAUUAAAUUAUGAUUAAAAUAAAUAAAAUAGUUCUUAUUACAAUAUUAAUAUUAAUGAAAUUUAAAAUGGUGACAUCAAAUAAGUAUUGUUCAUUGCAAUCAGUUACAGGCCAAUCAAGAUAUUUUAUGUGUGGUAGACAUGAAUAUUGUUGUACAUUUGGAUGCUGUGUUCACUUAGCAUUUCAAUUUUAUCAACUUUGGUAUUAUUGGUUACUAUUAAUUUUUAUGUUUAUGGUAUGUUCGGGUGGUAGCUGGUGGUAUAGAUUUUGUCGACAGAGUGAUUCAUCUGGUAGUAUUAGAAAUCAAAUAAAUAAUGGUUCUGAUACAGGUUCUUAUUAUGGAGCCAAUCAUCAUUUAUUACAUUCAACACCAACAAGAUCAUCAAAUAGUGGAAAUAAUGGAAGACAUUCUAAUGUAGCAGCAAAUGAUUAUGAGAGGCGUGUAACUUUAGUCCGUAAUAAUGGAGUGCAUUCAUAUUACUAUCGUAAUGGUAGAAAUUCAAAUUAUUAUGAUACCGCAUCUGUUCGAUAUCAUAAUGGUGUAACAGGUGAUAGAACAUUAAGACGUUAUCAACAACAGCAACAACAACAUGCUCAUCAAACAAAUUUUUUACCAAGAUUAGAAUUAUGUCCAUAUUAUCAAUUAUAUGGGCCACCACCAAGUUAUGAAUCUGUUGUACAACUUUCUUCAGAUAAUUUAUCAACAUCUUGUACAUUAGCUGAACCAAUAACAACAAUUGCACCAAUUACAAAUGAUGAACAACAAUCAAAUUGUAUUGGUUCAACAUUAGUAACACCUCCUCCACCUACUUCAACUUUAUCAUCAUCAUCAUCACCAAGAAUAAUUCAACCAAUUGUCACCGUAAAUUUAUCAAAUGCCUUGUCAACUUCAAUUGAAGUACGUCCAAUAUGUACCGCAUCAACAAAUUUACCAUUAGGUGAACCAUUACAACAAUCUCAAACAUCCCAUAAUAAAAAUUUAAAUCAUGUUGAGGUUAUUCAACAACAGCAGCAACAGCAACAACAACCUAUACAACAUUCUAUUGAAAAUCAUAUUAUGACUGAUGAAAAUUCACAAGAGCAUAAUAAUAAAAAUCAAUUAGCAACGAUUGAAUCAAAUAAUGAUAUUUUACAAAGUGAUAACAUUAUAUUAGAUGACCAAAAACAAAUAUAUGAAAAUGCUUGUACAGCAACUACAACCACUACUACAACUAUUGUACCAUUACCAUAUCGAACCAAUUUUAUAAUGAGAAAUGAAAAGAAUUCAAUUCCGUCCGUUUGUUCUUCAAUUUCAACCUUAACAACAAUACCAAAUAAAUAUUGUAAUAGUAAUGAGCAGCAACAAAUACAACAACAACAACAACAACAACAUCAAUCAGCUUUGAUACAACAGCAUCAGCAACCUACAACAUCAACAAUUCUAAAAGAUUUUGAUAAUACUCAAUGUACAUGUUCUAUGGGAUCAUCAACAACAAUGUCAUUAGUAUCACCAUCAACGACUAAUACAAAUAAAUCAAAUAAAUUUUUAAAGUCCAGUAAAUUUAAUAGAAAAUAUUAUAAAAAAAAUUCAAAUAAUAGUAAUAAUAGUAUUUCAAAUAAUAGUAAUAAUUUAAAUAAUUGCACUAUUAGUCGUGGUACGAAUUGUAGCAGAAUAAGUCCAGAUGAAUCAACUAUUAAUACUCAAAAUAAUUUAAAUAAUGUAGAUAGAUCUGUUAUUGUAGAUAAUAAUUGUUUGGUUUCUAAUCCAAAUAAUGAUAAUAAUAUGAUGAUUCAAACUACACAAACAACACAAGAUACAAUUGUAACAAGUUUACCAAUGGCUGUUGCAAUAGCAAAAACGCCUUCUAAAAAACACUAACAUAAUAUUAUAAUAAAAAAUUUACCUGUUUUUAGGGUAUUAGCUCAAAAAAUUAUUACCUUUAACACAAUAUUAUAUAUUAUAUAUAUAUACAUGUUAUAUAUAUAUGUACAGGGUCAUUUUAAAGAAUUCAUCGAACAUUAAAAAGCAGAUUUUAUUUCAAUAAUAGCUUGUUGUACGAAUAUUUCUUUUUUUUUUUUUUCAAAUUUCAAUGAAAUAUCUAUGAAAUAUGCUCUGUACAAAAAAAAAAAUAAAAUAUUAAAAAUAUUAUAUUUUUAAAUGAUUUUUUUUGUUUAACUUAUAUUUUUAAUUUUUGUGAUUACCCAAGAUAUUAAUUUAUCCAAAUUAAUAUCUUAAAAAAAUUUAAAAUAUAAAAAGAACCUAAUAACGCUUCAAUGAAUAGA